CCUGCGCCCGCCAGCCAUGCUCCGACCCUCGGCGGCGGCGGCCGCGCUCCUGGUGUCUCUGGCCGUAACUUUGCAGGAUGGCAGCCAAAUGAGUGCAAAGGCUUUUCCAGAAAUCAGAGGCCAUCUUCAGCCCACGACAGCAGCAACAACACAGGCCAGAGCACAACCUUCUCUCCAGCAGCCAACUCGCCAAGUGCCUUACAACACUUCACCGGCAAGUUCAACAGAGGGGCUCAUCACCUCUCCAACGACUGCCACUGUAGAAAUCCCAACUGCCCCAGCAACUACCAAAAGUACCCCGUCUACCAUCCCAACUGCUAUCUAUACCCUCGUCACAACUCAGGCCACACCCAACAACUCACACACAGCUGCUCCAGUCACAGAGGCUACAAUUGGUCCCAGCUUAGCCACUCAUUCCCAGCUACCCACCACCAUCCCACAAGGCCAUACAACCAGAAGCAGUCCAUCCACUGUCAGCCACACACCUGGGAAAACCACCCAACCCAGUAAGCAGACCACUGUUGUGACAACUCGGACCAAAGCACCACAAAGAAACACAACCAGUCAGAAGUCUAUCCAGCCCUCCCAGGCCCCACGAACAGCUACAACGGCACACAAUGACACCUGGACCACUUCCCCUGCCUAUAUACCUAGUGGGCCCACCCUUGCACCUCAGCCUUCGUCAGCCAAGACUGGAAUUUAUCAAGUUCUAAAUGGAAGCAGACUCUGUAUAAAAGCGGAGAUGGGGUUAGAGCUUAUUGUUCAAGACAAGGAGUCGGUUUUUUCACCUCAGAGAUACUUCAACAUUGACCCCAACACAACCCAAGCUUCUGGGAACUGUGGCUGCCGAAAAUCCAACCUUCUCUUGAGUUUCCACUGCGGAUUUGUGAAUCUGACAUUUACCAGGGAUGAAAAAUCAUAUUACAUCAGUGAAGUGGGAGCCCUUUUGAUGGUCUCCAAUCCAGAGAAAACAUACCAAGGGAUGAAGAGUGCCGUGGUGUUCGAGACGCUGAUCGGGCAUUCCUUCAAGUGUGUGAGUGAACAGAGCCUCCAGCUGUCGCCCCUGCUCCAGCUGAGAACCACCAACGUCCAACUCCAGGCCUUCGAUUUUGAAGGGGACCGCUUUGGAAAUGUGGAUGAGUGUUCGUCUGACUACACAGUUGUGCUGCCCAUCAUUGGGGCCGUCGUGGUGGGUCUCUGCCUUGUGGGUAUGGGUGUCUAUAGAAUCCGCCUAAAGUGCCGAGCAUCCGGAUACCAGAGAAUCUAA